ACACAAACUACUUCACUUGGUUUUGAGAAUCCAAGAAAGUCUAAAAUGGAGACUCGUAGCAGUUCAAACUAUAUCUGGAAUCUGAAAAGUGUCCUUGGCCAAGGAGCUACAGGGGCAGUGUACACAGGUCGGCAUAAGAAAAGUGGAGAUGUAGUUGCUGUAAAGACAUCUAACCACUUGGGGAUGAUGAGACCUCUAGAAGUGCGGAAAAGAGAGUUUGAUGUUCUGAGCAAACUUGACCAUGAGAAUAUCGUCAAAAUCUUCGCAUCUGAGACCGAGUUGCGAUCACAAAAUGAGAUAAUUGUGAUGGAAUUAUGUUCUGGUGGAAGCUUGUUUACUAUGCUUGAGCACCCAAGCAACGCUUAUGGUCUCUCUGAACAAGAUUGCAUUGCUGUCAUUCGGGAUGUUGUCGCUGGAAUGAAGCAUCUCCAUGAUAAUGGCAUUGUCCAUAGGGAUCUGAAACCUGGGAACAUUAUGAGGGUGUACCGAGAUGACGGCAGCUGUGUGUACAAGUUGACAGACUUUGGUGCUGCACGAGAAUUGAUGGAAUCUGAUCAGUUUGUGUCUAUCUAUGGAACAGAGGAGUACCUGCAUCCUGACUUGUAUGAGCGUGGCGUGCUGCGUAAAGCAACCGGAAAGACAUUUGGAGCCCAGGUUGACCUCUGGAGCAUUGGAGUGACAUUUUACCACAUCGCCACUGGGAGGCUCCCCUUCAGACCAUUUGGUGGACGACAAAACAAAGACACAAUGUAUCACAUCACAACACGGAAAGCAUCUGGGAUGAUCGCUGGUGUGCAAAAGAGUGAGGGAGGGGAGGUAGAGUGGACAGACAAGCUACCGGACCACACCUGUUUAUCACAAGGGUUCCGUAACCUGUUAACACCGUUACUUGCUGGAGUGCUAGAGUCAGAUCCAGCUAAAAUGAUGUCAUUUGAUCAGUUUUUUGCCUACGUCCAGGACAUGGUAUCAAGGAAGGUUUUAGAUGUUUAUUGUGUAUCGUCCAGUCAGUUCCAUAAAAUAUACAUCAGAAGGACAGAGAUGCUCAACAGAUUCAAGCAGAUGGUCACUGAGCAGACAAGUGUACCAUGUGAUCAACAAGAGCUCUUCUAUGAGUUCCAGUACUUCCAGCCUCCCGACAUGUGCCCUGCGGCUGAUUUCCCAAACACGUCCAGAGAUCGACCUGUUAUAAUGAUUGGUGGAGAGCAACUUGCGCCGGACAAACUCGUCAACUUGGCAAUACCAAAAAUAACUGAGCUUCCUCCAGAAUGGACUCUUGAGGGUGAUGCUGCUGUCUCGAAGAUCAUGGCAAAUUGUGCGUAUUCUUGCGAGCACUCAGUGGCCGUGUACAGUGACAGCGUCAAAGCCAUGACCGACAUGAUCCACACUUUAGGGGGGACUUCAUCUACAAAUAAGAUGAUGGCAUUUAGAACAAUAUAUUCAGAGCUUCAUGAGUUGAGAACCCUCGCUGCUGGUGCAAAAGUAAUUGCUUUGACAGCAACAGCAACACUGCCAACAAAAGAAACAAUUACAGAUGUACUUAGAAUGCAAGACGUCAUAGAAAUAAAUGAAAAUCCCAAUAAGGAGAACAUUACCUAUAUUGUCAAGUAUUUAAGUAACUCAAUGGAUGCUAAAGAAAGUUUUGAAUGGUUGGUGAAUGAAAUCAAUGAAAGAAAAGAUGGUGGAGAUAAAACAAUCAUAUACUGCCAAACAAUAAAACAGUGUUCUUUGGUGUAUGGCACCCUGAGAUCUAUGUUGAUAGAGUUGGUUGCUAAUGGAAAACCAAAACUUGAAAUGCUUCAUUCCUGUACUCCAAAAGAAAAUAAGGAUGCAAUAUUAGAGUCAUUCAAAAGACUGGAUGGUCAUGUGCAAGUCUUGGUGGCAACCAUAGCAUUCGGCAUGGGAAUAGACUGUAAAGGUGUCCACCGCACAAUACACUUUGGCCCCUCAAAAAACUGUGAGGCCUUUAUCCAAGAGACUGGUCGUGCUGGAAGAGAUUGGAAGUCUAGUUUUUCUUAUCUUUUGUACAAAGGCAUUAUGCUGAAUCAUGUGGAAAGGGACAUAAAAGAAUAUGUCAAAGCUACAACCUGCAGGAGACAGAUGCUUAUGAAACAUUUUAGCAAGAACCAUAUUGUAUUUUCUGGAGACCUCCAUGCUUGCUGUGAUAAUUGUGCUAAAGCUUGUGAAUGUGUUAGUGAAAAUUGUGAAAGUUACACUGAUUUCAUGGUUACGGAGACAGGUAUUGCAUCAGAAGAGAAAAGGCGUUCUGUUAGUGAAGACCAGAAAAAAGAACUCUCAGGAUUACUCAAAAAGUACCACAAGAAACUAUUAAUGGAUCUGGUACGAAAGUCAGCACAUGACAUGGUCCAAAGUCUGAUUAGCAUGAAUACUCUUCUGGGGUUUGGAGAAACACAAAUCGACCUGGUGCUAGAAACUGUGAAACUUUAUUUUCUUUUGAGCAUGUCACAGAUAAGAUUGAAAUAUGGAACAUCUGUCAUGCAAGAGAAAUAGUUGUUAUCCUUGCAGAAGUAUUUAAUGAUAUUGAUGUAUCUUGUGAGCAUAUGGUCGAUAUGAGACUGGGCACUAGCGAUGAUGAAUUAGAUGACGAAGUAAUUGGAGAAUGGGCUGCUCUAGCUGAGGACGAAGAGCUCUUUGCCUUGAUGGCAGACAAUUUAUCUUGGUCUGCAUUAGAGAGCACAGUAAAUGAGUCAACCCACAUGCAGUCUCCUGACUCUUCUGGCUUAUCACCUGCUGCUCUGACUGCACUUACAAAUCUAAGUAUAGAGUAGAAAAAAUGUAUACCACCAGUAGAGGUAUGACAUGGCUUAUGUUAUUCUUGUCAGAGCUGGGUAUUAAGUGAAGGAAAAAAGCAGAAAAAUCUGUAACGCAACGUUUACAUUUAAGCUUCAUUGGCAUAUAACAAAUUGCAAUACAGACACUUAGAGCGGCAAAAACUUAACUGAACAGUAAGCGAUUCUGGAGGUGACUUUGAAAACUCAAAUUAAUUUUAUAGAGUGUGUAUGACCUCAACAUUAGCUGUUUUGGCCCACAGCACGCUAAUUGCUCUACUCUUUAGUUUGCAUUGCAAACAAGAAAAGACCCAAGAGGACAGUGUCUAAACAGUACUUCCACAUUUUCUCUGCAGUUUAGAGCAUAGUAAAGACUUAAUUUUUCCCACGAUGCUGUGUGGCACACUUAAUGAGCUUUUAUUAUAAAUUCUUUAAAUUUGGAGUUGUUAAAGUUGUACUGUAUACACAAUCAGACAAUAUCUUAUGUUUGUAAAAGUAUUCAGUAGUCUAUUAUUCGUAGUCCCACUAGAUGUGAUGAUAUACUAAUGUCUACUAAUGAGAGUAAAACAUGUCAACCAA